AGUCCGGCAAGGCUUGACUGAGAAACAAAAAGUCAUCUUCUCUAGCGGCGUUUCAUUUACUGCAACAAAAUUUCAUAUUUUCCAACGUAAAAAUUAACUAAACAGGGAGCCGAGAUGUCGAUCUUGUCGUAUAAUGGAGGGUGUGUUGUGGCCAUGCGAGGCAAGGAGUGUGUGGCCAUAGCCACUGACCAUCGCUUUGGAGUCCAAGCCCAAACGAUUUCCACAGAUUUCAAGAAGGUAUUCCACAUCGCUCCUCGUAUGUUCCUUGGAUUGACGGGACUCCAGACAGACAUACUGACGGUCCGGGAUCGUCUAAUGUUCCGCAAGAAUCUGUACGAGACGCGCGAGAAUCGUGAGAUGGCUCCAAAACCUUUUUCCGCAAUGCUUUCCAGUUUUCUUUACGAGCACCGUUUCGGACCAUACUUUGUAGAGCCAGUGGUAGCUGGUCUUCACCCAAAGACCCUGGAACCCUUUAUUUGCAACAUGGACUUAAUUGGAUGCCCCAAUGAGCCUGAUGACUUUGUGGUGGCUGGAACUUGUGCGGAACAGUUGUAUGGCAUGUGUGAGACUCUGUGGCGUCCGAACUUGGAUCCCGAUCAACUAUUCGAAGUGAUCUCUCAAUCAAUGGUAAAUGCCUUUGAUCGUGAUGCCAUGAGUGGUUGGGGUGCAACGGUUUAUGUCAUCGAAAAGGAUAAGAUUACGGAAAGAUCGCUCCAGACGCGCAUGGAUUAGAUGUGGUUGCAAGUGAAGAAAGUACACAUUUAGUGUUAAUGUAAACUGAUAUAUGAAAGAAAAAACACAAAUAAAAUUUGUUCAGGUACCAGGACAUAUAAAAUAGA